GACCCCGCCCCGAACGUCACGGCCAAGGCCCAGGGGCGGAGCCGGCCCCGGCGGAAGCGCGCUGCUGCGGGAGAGGCCCCAACGGAGCGGCGGGCGCUCGGGGACCGCUGGGGACAGGCAGCAUGGGCAGCAGCUCGCUGUCCGAGGACUACCGCCUGUGCCUGGAGCGCGAACUGCGGCGCGGCCGCGCGGGCGUGUGCGGGGACCCAUCCCUGCGCGCCGUGCUCUGGCACAUCCUGGUGGAAGACUUUGACCUGCACGGGGCGCUGCAGGAUGACGCGCUGGCACUGCUCACCGACGGCCUGUGGGGACGCGCCGACUUGGCCCCCGCGCUGCGCAGCCUGGCCCGUGCCUUCGAGCUGCUGGAGUUGGCCGCCGUGCACCUGUAUCUGCUGCCCUGGAGGAAGGAGUUCACCACCAUCAAGACCUUCUCAGGGGGCUACGUGCACGUGCUGAAGGGUGCACUCUCAGAGGACCUCCUCAUGCAGAGCUUCCAGAAGAUGGGCUACGUCCGCAGGGAUGACCACCGCCUCAUGGUGGCUGCCCCGCCCCCCACCCACCAGCUGGUACAGGUGGCCCUGGGCUGCUUCGCCCUGCGGCUAGAGUGUGAGAUCCUGGGCGAGGUGCUGGCGCAGCUGGGCACCAGCGUACUGCCGGUUGAGGAGCUGCUGCAGGCGCGGCGGGCCAGUGUGGACGUGACCUCCUGCGUUGCCUGGCUGCAGCAGCGACUGGCCCGCGAGGAGGAGCCGCCGCCCCUGCCCCCCCGUGGCUCCCCGGCCAGGUGCCAGGCCCAGCUGGACCUGUACCGGGAACUGCAGGAGGACGAGGGCUCGGACGAGGCCAGCCUGUACGGAGGGCCCUCGCCAGGCCCAGACUCACCCCCCUCAGAGCUGGCCUGCCAGCCUCUGUUCUGGGAGCAGAGUGCCAAACUGUGGGGGGCGGGGGGCGGGCCCUGGGAGCCGGCCGAGGCCAGCAGCCCGGGCUCCGGGGCCUCAGAGGAGGAGCCGGAGCCGGAGCCGGAGCCCUUCUCCUUCCUCUCGCUGCGCCGAGAGCUGCUCACUCGGCCUGGGGACCUGGCUGCUCCCCAAGCCCCUGGAAGCCCUGAGCGGACCAGUCCCCCACGCCUCCCGGAGCCCCCCGGCUACCAGAUGCACAGCUGCCUGGCCCCCGGUGCCCUGCCUGCCUUCUGCUGUGAUACGUGUCGCCAGCUGCACGCCACCCACUGCUCCGCCCUGCCCGCCUGCCACCCAGGCCACGCGCUGCGCACCCUGCGCGGGAACAGCCAGCGGCGCCUGUGGCUGCAGCGCGCCCAGGUGGAUGCCCUGCUGUACGACGGCCCCGGGGCCCGGCCCUAGGCCCACCCGGCCCUGGGUCAAGGGCUUCCUGGAGACACUUUCCAUGGUGCUUUUUGGGCCUCGUCCCUCCUCAGGCCCAGGCCAGUGGCCACCCUGCCCCUCCUGCCCCCCAAGGGGCCCAGGGUGGGGGGUGAGGGAGUGGAGUCUCAGUCCCACUAGAUGAGAGGCGGAGGCUCGCUUUCCAUGGAAAGUUCCCCCCCGGCCCACCCCCACCCUGGCACCCAGAUCCACGCCCAGACGUGUUGGGUAAAGGCCAGCACGCCUGUCCCCAGGGAGGACCCUUCCCCUCCCCUUUCUCACCCCCGCCGCCACGGGCCCAGCCGUCAGCCCGUAGCUCCUGACCUGCUCCCUGCAAGUGCCCAGGGGGGUGCUCCACAGGGGUGUCCUCGGGCUCAGGUAUCCUCGUGAGCCCCUGAGCUUUGCUGAGACCAUUCUAGAGGCUCUGCCAGGUGCACGACUGACCCGGCCCCGCCACGGGCGUCACAGGCCAGCACUGAAUGAGCUGAGUGCUGACUUGAGACCAGCCCCCUGGGCCCCUGUCACAGCUGAGCGGGGAAGCUGGGCCCAAGGACGGAGAAAAAACGUCCUGAUCUCCAACCAGAGCGAGUACCCAAGAGUUCCGGAGAAAGGCAGCUGGGAAGCAGGGAGCCACAGAGCCCAAGAGGCUGUCACCCACUUCCAGGUGGAGCACGGGGGCUUCUGAGCAACCAGUACCCCAGCAGCCCCCCUGCUGCGUCCUCCUGACGUCCAGCUCUGGAAGCCAGGGUGGGAGAUCUCAAAGGCUUCCCAGCCCAGAGCCCAUCCCCACCUCUCAGGGCUGGAGGGGGUGGGUCUGCCCACUUGGGCCCUGAGGGCAG